AUGGUCCUGGGGCCGCCCGGCAAAUGUAUAAACGGCAAUCAGGCGGAUUCACCUAAAUCGCCAAAUUGGUUUUCCAAUAAGCGAAUACAGGGGUUUUUCAAGAAACUUUCUACGAAUUACCCCACUUCUAAAACCACUCCUCUAUAUUCUAAUGUCGUGCCAUUGGGAAAGAAUCUACUGGAUUACGCUUCCUCUGUACCCGGAACUAAUGCUAUCGGAACAGUACUCGUUUUGUAUACAGGCGGUGCGAUUGGAAUGCAAAAGGAAAGCGGUGUGUAUAAGCCAAAACAACAUUUUUUAACAAGUUACCUCUUUCAAAUGCCAAUUUUCAACGACCAUCCCACCACCAAAGCCACACCUAUACCUUCUGUCGCAACACAAACUGUCUAUUUGACAAUGAUGACACCAGUUGCAUUUGUCUUCUUGGCAAACCCACUUGCUCACGACCAAGAAAUGGUGUUCUGGGAGCAUGCUCCACUGUUCUACAGCUCGACAUCACUGCCUCCUACGUCGAUAAAGACCUCGACACCUUCUACCGUCUCACUGCCCCUGGCGUUGCCGUUGGACGAGGACGGACGACGAAUUCUCUACCGUUUACUAGAGUACGACACCCUCCUCGACUCCUCCGAUUGUCAGUUGGAGGUGUGGAUCAACCUUGCUAAAGACUUGGAGCGCUUCUACGAUUACUUUGACGGCUUUGUCAUCCUUCACGGCACUGAUACCCUACCCUAUGCCGCCUCUGCUCUCUCUUUCAUCCUUGAAAACCUCACAAAACCUGUAGUAAUGACGGGCAGUGAGUUGCCCAUAGAUAGACUGCGUAACGAUGGACGAAUUAACCUUCUGGGGUCUCUGCUCUUUGCCGGUAGUGGCUACGACAUUCCUGAGGUCACUGUGUUCAUUCAGAACGAGCUUUACCGCGGUAACCGAAUCGUCAAGGCAGCGACAACUGACUUGGAGGCUUUUCUGGCGCCGAAUUCGCAACCUCUGGCUGUGAUGGACGAGCACGUUAAGGUGUAUAAGGAGCGCAUUUGGACUGCCCCUAAACAAGCCUCCAAACGACUGCGUGUUCAAUCCAAUCUUUGCCCUAAUGUCGCUAUUCUGCGUCUCUUUCCCUCCAUCUCUAUUGAUGCUGUGAGGUCAUUCUUCCAACCUCCCAUGCAAGGAGUUAUUCUCGAGACCUUUGGAACUGGAAACAUCCCUUCGAAUAAUGCGGAACUUGUUGAGGCCCUGAAAGAAGCCCAUGAGGUGCAUAACAUAGUCCUCCUUAAUGUCACUCAAUGCUGGAAGGGUACUGUGGCCAAUGUCUAUGCAACAGGCGCCAUUCUCAGCAGUGUGGGUGCAGUUUCUGGCUGCGAUAUAACUACAGAGGCAGCGCUGAUGAAGAUGGCCUACGUGCUGGGAAAGUGGGACAACCCAGCCACACAGAGGCGCAUGUUAUCGCACUCAUUGCGUGGGGAAAUGACUGAACCAUUCGUGGAGACUCGAAGUCAUCGUCGGCAUUCAGUGAGCACUAGUCAAUCUUCUGAAGCUUCGGCGUCUAAGGAGAUGACUACAGCCCUGGGCGAGACUCUUGUCAACGCGGAAGCCGCUGGACUGGCCAGGCAGUGGUCUGAAAACCUCUUUCAUUCGCUGAUAUGCGCCGCAGCGGAUAACGAUGAUUACACUGACAGCGGACGCAUCCACCCACUGCAUGUGGCAGCAGGCGCAGGCGCCUACGCCGCGUGUCGACUGAUGUUGGAGAAUGGAGUGAGCGCCAAUAUCGCGGAUGCGCGUGGCUUCACGCCACUGUCAUACGCCGUGCGAGGACGCAACUGCACACCCGCGCUCAUCAGUCUGCUGCUCCAUUUCGGUUGUCGCCUGCCGCACAUCGCCUCUGCACGCGCCCGCGAGGCCAACAUUGCGGCAAGUAAUGGCAGACUGAAACAACUCCGAUUCUACCGUCUCGCUGGGCUUACACUUCAGGAACUGGAUGCAGAGGGCCGUUCUCCACUGCACACAGCGGUUGCCUACCAUCAAACGGAAGUCGUGCGUUACUUAAUUACCCCAGCUAAAACGGUCGCCGUUGCCUCCGAUUUCAACGAUUUUGAUCAGAAUGAGCUGUUUGAGCUUGGUGGAGCGGGAGUGGAUCCUAAUCACUUAACAGGCUAUGGGACCACGGCUUUGGAGGAGGCUCGCAAAAGGAAUUUCCUCGACAUCGUGCAGAUUCUCGAAUCGGCUUCAGGGACCCAUUAG